AUAUUAUACUCGGGGUCCACGCGAGUGCGCGCAUGGAAUCGAAAUCGAUCGUUCGUGUCGUUGUAACGUCCUUUCUGUGCGUUAACUAUUUCUUUCCUCUACUUUGUACCCGUAUAUUCGCAAUCCUGUCUAGAUCUCUUAAAAUGGUGAAGAUGGAGCAUGAUGAUGGCAAAAAUGAGCCAGAACAUGUGAGAAAGUUAUUUAUCGGAGGCUUGGAUUAUAGAACAACUGACGAUUCGCUUAAAAAACAUUUUGAGCAAUGGGGAGAAAUUGUGGACGUGGUCGUUAUGAAAGAUCCUAAAACGAAGCGGUCCAGAGGCUUUGGUUUUAUUACUUACUCUCGUGCUCAUAUGGUAGACGAUGCACAAAAUGCUAGACCUCAUAGAGUGGAUGGCAGAGUUGUGGAACCUAAAAGAGCCGUGCCUAGGCAAGAAAUUGGUCGACCAGAAGCAGGAGCUACUGUGAAGAAACUUUUUGUAGGUGGUUUGAAAGAUGAUCAUGAGGAGGAAGAUCUCAGACAAUACUUUCAGAGUUACGGCAGCAUAAACUCAAUCAGCAUUGUGACUGACAAAGAGACUGGCAAAAAGCGUGGCUUUGGUUUCGUUGAAUUCGAUGAUUAUGAUCCUGUUGACAAGAUCUGUCUUCAACGUAACCACCAGAUUCGUGGCAAGCAUGUUGAUGUUAAAAAGGCUUUAAGCAGAGCAGAAAUGGCAUCCGCGUCCGGUGGCGGCGGCGGCGGCGGCGGUGGCAGUCGCGGCGGACAGGGAGUAGGCAGAGGACCCCGCGGCGGCAACCAGGGCGGCGGUAGCUGGGGCGGACGCGGUAGUGGCGGUGGCGGCGGCGACUGGAACAACGGUGGUAACCAGGGUGGAUACGGUGGUGGCAACCAAGGAGGUUGGGGAGGUAAUGGUCCGUGGGAAAAUCAGAACCAAGGUAAAGGUGGAGGAUGGAAUCAAGGCGGACAGGGUGGUUAUAACAGCGGUGGCAAUUGGAGCAAUGACAACUUCGGUGGUGGUUAUCAGCAGGGUUAUGGUGGCGGUCCAGUGCGCAAUAAUUUUAACUCGGGCGGUAGACCAGCACCGUACGGCAUUAAUUCGGGUCCUAGCGGCCGGCAGUCAGGAGAUUCGAGAUGGCUGCCACCCUUUGGUGGACAAGGACCAAUGGGCGGUGGAAAUUCUGGCGGCGGCGGUGGUGGUGGGUACGGCAAUCAAGGUGGCUACGGCGGUAAUUCUCUUGGCGGUGGAAAUAUGGGCGGCGGUGGUGGCGGAGGUGGCAGCGGAAGGAGAUAUUAAUUCAAACGAGCGCAUAUCGCUGACUUUUCUCGCUGGUGAAGCUACUACUCCUACUACUACUUGUCUUCUAGUCGCCAGUACUUCUGUACUGUUUAGUAUUGGAGCAGGCAGGCAGGCUAUCAGGCUAGAGACAAGACAACGACAGGCAGAAAAAACAGUCAGGAAGUCAGUCAGGCAGGCAGGACAAUCAGGAUACAGGACAGAAACAGAGAGAGAAAGAGAGAGAGAGAGAAAAAAGUCAUCAGUUAGCUCGCAGUGAGAGAGGCUUUAUAUAUGCCUAUCCUUUUCUAUCUAAUUUCUCUACCUUCUCCCCUCCAUUCAUAAAGAUUCUCAUUAUCCCCCAAAAUGUAUUUGCACGUUCUUUGCAAGGACCUACAUAUUAAUAUUGACCAGACAGGGAAGAAGUCAUUUAUAUACAGGAAGAUGCUUUUCACAAUAGGAAGAGCGCGAGAGAGAGAGGAAGCGAGAAUGUGCGUAUGUGUAACGAUAAAAACGCGGCAACAAAAGAGAAUAUUUGUCAACGUUUUGUAGGAACUAGGAAUAAUUAUUAGGAAGUAAAACUAGGUUAAUUACCAAAACUGUAUGUUUGUUUAAGAGCUAGUCGGCGAAAUAAAAGUGACAAGAAACCUUUUCUUUA